AUGAAGCAUCUGUUUUCUGAUGAAAACAAUAUUGCGAUUUCGUUGUCCAUGGACGGGUUCAACCCACACAAUGUACCUGGAUCAGAUGAUCCAAAUAGCAAUGCUUCCUGGUUGCACUGGUCUUUUCUUGAGCCAAUGUUGAGAGAUCUCUGUUUACUCCAGACAGAAAGCAUGGGAGUAAAGACACCGACAACAACGAUCAGGGCAAAGGUACAUGUCCUCAUGGCCACUGGCGAUAUUCCAGCUCUGGCAAAGCUGGCAUGCCAUGUUGGCCACACGAUGGGCCAAACUCCUAAACAUGACCAGUACUUCCGCAUGUUGCCUGGAACCCAGACGCGCUCACUGGAGAGUUUCAGAAACUACAAUCUGACAAGCAGUGAAGACAGAAAGGGGCUCAAUGACGAGAUGCAUGGUCUGUGCCACGGAAUCGGUAAACAGGUAUGGGGACUUGUAUGCAGAAAGUAUGGAAUCAAGCAUCCUCUAUGUCUUUCUCUUGCCACGCAAAGGGAGAUUGGUGCUGCAAUGGUAGCCGCAAAAUCCACAAUCCCUACAUCGUUGUAUGGUGCCUGGAGAGAUGUGACAAAGAAUGCUGGUUUCUUUAGAGCUGUGGAUUGGGCAGACUUUUUACUCUUUGUUGUCCCCACGUUGGUUGCAGAGUGUGUCCAGGACUUGGUUGCCCAAAAUGCAUUACUUGGCCUGGUUCAAACAUGCAAUUUACUCAUGAGCUGGGAUAAUCUUGUAGAAUGGAACUUAUUCCUAGAGAGUCUUCUUUCUACAGCAGAUAUUGACAUUAGUGUGUUCACAAUUAACCAGCACAUUAUUCAGCAUUAUCCUCAGAUGAUUGAUCUAUAUGGCCCACCAAGAGCGUAUAGUACACGAUCCAUGGAAAGAGCCAUUGGUGAGUACUCCAGAUCUAUCAAGAGUAACUCCCAAGUCAGUGUCAACGCUGGAAACAUUAUGAUCAGACUGGCACAAUCCCGGCAUGUAGCAGAACUGACAACCAUUGCAAACACAAAAACUCUACCAGCUAACCUUCUAGUUUACAGUGCAUAUACCAAUGGGUGGCCUGUUACAGAAGGAGGUGAUCCUGCCAAUGCUGAGUCUGAGAUUGAGUUCUGGGGGCCUUUGAAGAAUUUAACAAUUUUUGAUAGCUUUGAAGAUAGAUCUCAUCUUUCAUUGCUUCUUAAAACGUUUUAUGAUUUGAAGGGAGAAGAAUGUAGUAUGCUUGAGCCUUCCAUAAAGACAAGCCGCAAGACCUAUCUUAAUGGUUGUGUUCUUGAUGCUGCAUUCAACCAAAGUUCUACAAGAGAGGCAUGUCAUGUUCAUGUGCAGCUACAAGUGGACAUGAACUCCAGAAGAUCCUGCUCUUACUUAAAGCCAAAGACUAUAGUGAUUCAUGCCAGUGACAUUGUAGAGUUGGUUGGCUUGGUGCCAUCAAAUGUCAAUGGUAGCCAUUACAUCAUUUGGCCUAGCCUUAAACGUGGCCCAAAAUUGACACUUGGUGCCUUAAGUGAUAUAUAA